CAACAACAACAACAACAACAACAACAACAACCACUACAGCAACAGCAACAGCAACAGCAACAGCAUCCUCCUGUUCAUCAUCAUUAUCAUCAUCAUCAUCGCUAUCAUCAUUAUCAACAACAGCAAACACAGAUGCAACAACACGGAAAAGCUUUAAAGACAAACAAUGAAAAAGAAAAGAGGAAACUGGCUAAAUCGGCUCGGAAAAGAUCUCUGUCCUCUUCUUCGACAUCCUCUUCAGGCUCACCUUCUACUCAUAUCUUUUCAACCACAAGUUCCUCUGAUUCAGGACUGUCAUCCAUGGCUUCCAAUAAAAGCAGUAGUGCCAGUGCUGCAAAAAGAAAAAGACCCUUACCAACUACCAUUCAACAUACCCCUUCCUCCGAUAAACCCUCGAGUAGUAGUUACGCCAAUACAAGCACAACCACUAAUACAGAUACAUCUUCGGGCGGCGAUACCUCAUCCUCUGCACCACUGCAUUCCUCAAUAUCCUCUUAUAAAUCUUUCAGUUCUUCCGCAUCGGGCAUCCUUUCAUCAAGAGUCACUGCACAAAGAAGUGUACCAGCAUUCCUGAAUAAAUUAUACAAUAUGGUGGAAGAUGUUACAACGAAUGAAUUGAUUCGGUGGUCUAAAGAUGGUACAUCUUUCAUAGUUGAAAAGCAUGAGGAAUUUGCUAAAACAGUAUUGCCACGCUUUUACAAACAUAAUACCUUUGCAUCCUUUGUUCGUCAACUGAAUAUGUAUGAUUUUCACAAGGUACCACAUCUUCAACAAGGUGUUUUAAUUGCAGAAACUGAGCAUGAGAUAUGGGAAUUCAGUAACCCUCAUUUUCAACGCGGUAGACCUGAUCUCUUAGUUCUUGUUACCCGCAAAAAAAACAGAGAUAAGGAUGCAAAUGAUCACGAAAACAUCAGCCUAGCCAGCCUUGUUCAAGAUUUGCAAGCUAUCCAGCAGCAGCAACACGCUAUCGGUACCGAACUUAGAGAUUUGCAUCGUGACAAUGAGAUUCUCUGGCAAGAAACCUUGUCUGCACGAGAAAAAUAUCAACGACAUCAAGAAGCCAUCGAAAAAAUUCUGCAGUUCCUCACUGUCAUCUUUGCAAACAGCAAUGGUAAUAAUAAUAAUAAUACUUUUUUAACUCACCAAAAUUUGGCAAUUACAAUGAAUAAUGAAGCUUCUGUUCCUAAAGGUUUGAUUGAAGAGGCAGCUUCUUUAGCCGGUGUAGCAACAAUGACAAAUAAUAUGAGUCAUAAUGCAAUGGCAGCCAACAACAGCAAAGGUAAAUCUGUCAAUAACUUACCGCCCUCAUCACUCACCUCAGCUGCAUUAUCCAAUAUUCUGUCUUCUGUUUUGCAACUCUAUUCAACCAACUCAGUUUCAGGUGUAGACUUUCCCGCCAUAAAUCAAUCGAUGAACAAUGCAAAGAAUGCAAAUCUUCCAACAGCAGCAGACUAUGAUUCCUUGACACGUUCACCUACCAUAACAGCAGUACCCAAUGCCAGCUCUUCCAUCACCUGCGAUGAGAACAAGAGCAAUGAUAUUCAGGAGAAUCCCACUACUGCUACAAGCAACAACCAUCGCCGUAAUAUUGUUGAUUUUUCAAAGACGAUGAAUUCAGCAACACGUUCAGCUCAAUCGAUCACUCAAGAUAUUGAUAUGCUUCAAGUUAAUAUUGAAUCCUUAGCCAGCAAUCUAGGGAUCGACCCCAGUCAAUUCGAUGAUGAUUCAGAAGCGUUUACUACAGGUUUCCCAUUACGGUCAGAUUAUAGCCAUUCUGCCCUACCCACCGACGUUUCAAGAUUGAACCUCAUGAAUCAGGGUUAUGUCACUUACCAUAGCACACAGCAAGAAGAUAUACGGCAUCCCACUCUAUUGAACUCUCAACCACAGCGUCCAACAGAGAGCCUGUUGUCCACCGCCGCCGCCACCGCCGCCGCCGCCGCCGCAGCAGCAGCAGUAGUAACAUCGAAGGCAGUGGCACCAUCAUCGCCUCCAUCACCACCGCCGCCCCCUCCUUCUUCUUCAGCAGCACUGCCGCCGCCCUCCACGUCCUCCACGCCCUCCACUUCCCCUUCCUCUCCCUCCGUGGAUCGCUAUGCUUUCCGGCUUCAGCAACCCCCUCGAGGUCGCUCUAUGAUGGACAGAAAUCAGCACCAGCAACGGCCAUUAAGAACUUCAACUCUACAGCCCCAAAUACCUCCUCAUCGUUACGGAGCACUUUCACCUACUCCCUCUCCUCUGUCCUUCCAACCACAACAACAAUCACAACAACAGCAGCAGCAGCCGCCGCCCAUGCCACCGCCACUGGAUACAACGUUUGCACCUAUGGCUCAACAAGAUUUCAUCACCACGGGCUCAGAAGAACCAGCAUUGGGUCCAGCCCCAGCCCCCGUACCCUCACCACCUCCCUCUCAGCCUAUAGCAUCGGAUGGAUAUAGGCAGUUUUUCAGUCCAAAUACUGUUCAUCCCAUGACAUAUUCACUUCCUGGCUCUUAUGGAGGCUAUCCUCAUUACUCAACAGGCACGGCACCACAUGAACCGUCGCUCUAUGGUCAGGAAAUGGAUCCUGCUGCUUGUGCUGCCGCUGCUGUGGCUGUAACGGCCGUAGAUACUGCAAAUCCUUCAGGACCCGUUACAGCGGGGAUAGCAGGAACAGCACCAGCUACAGCAUCCAAUGCAAGGUUUACUACCUACUAUUCUCCUCCUCAUCCUCGUCAGGCAACCAUGAACAGUGGUCAUUAUCCUACUCAGUUUUAUGCUGAGAGGCCGGACUCCUCUUAUCCCACGACGAUCCCCCACAACAAUACCAUGAAUGCAGAUCUUACAAGCAAUCAUAUGAGGACGACGCCUGCUAGAAGAAGAGAUACAGGCACACGAUAGAUAACAACAACAAGCGUUACUCGUAUGCUUUCUGUCUUCCCUACACUUGUUAUUGCCCAUAUCUAUGUUGGAUAACCGGUAGUAGUAUUAGUAGCAGUCCUUUAUUCACCACCUAGCCAUAAAAAAACCAGAAUAACCCCCCCAUCCUACAUUAUGCCCCUCCCUCUCUUCUCUUUCUCUAUACAAUCAGUAGCUAUCACCAUUCGUUUCAAGAAAUGAAGAGAAAAGCCUUCUUACUGUAUAAUAUAACCUAUCUUUGUUCUGUACACUUCCUUCCAUGUUCUAUUUAAACCUUUUUUUUUUUUUUUCUCCAAUUAAGAAAAAAA